AUGGCUUGCACCAAGAUACCCGCGAGCGUCAUCAUGCCGCCCCGCGAGCUGAAGCAGUACAAGCGAUGGCAAUGUCUGCACACGAAUACUAGGCCAGCUGAGCAAGGCUACAUCCCCACAGCACGCGAAUAUGAAGACUUCCACCAGUGGUUGAAACGACAAGACUCUGGAUACUUCUCAGACCCAUUUGACGACAUCUCCGGUCACAUUACCCACGGACGUUCUUCGGAAACGUCAUCCUCCUUCGAAUCGCCAGUCGCAUCGAUAUGUCAGCAUCCUAUGCACCCUGUAGCAGCCGGCCAGCUACAAUCACGAUGUCCCGUCUGUAUCAUCGACCUGCACAUCAGAUACAUGAAUGUAUUGUCAGAGGCUCUCGAAAGCGCAGGCGGUUGCGCGCCAUCUUGUACACUCACCAGCUCAGAACACCAACACACCGUUUACAGCGCCUGGUGCAAGGGGAAGAUCGGCACACUCAAGGAGCUAUCGAGACUUGAGCUCAUGGCCGAAGAAGAAGCUUCAUGGUCUGCGCAGCAUCAAGAGGUCGCGCACGAAGACGUGCGAACCGCAGCGAAGGCCGUGGAGCUAUACUGGUCAGAGACUACGGGUUGCUUAGAAAAGCGACCGCGAUCGAACAAACAGGCUGCAGUUGUCUUUGCCCCGGACACCGAUUUCGAGCCCGGACGACCCAAUCCGUACUUCCAUAGGCGAUCGCCGCGCUACGAGCCUGGGAAACACACAGUUGUUGAGGAAGGGGAACAAGAAGAUGAUGUCUCAGAGGAUUCGGAAGACUACUCUCACGGAAAGAUACAUCAUGUCGGCUCAACAGACGAGUCAAGCAACAUUACUUCGCGGUCUGAGGCAGAGGAGUCACAAGCCGUCCUUGACUCAACCUGCGAGAUCGAAGAGGAUGAUGGAGACAGUGACUGGGAAGAUGUUGACUCUGACGAGGACAACUCUGACUGCGAAAGCGAAUUCAGUGACAGUGACUGCGCAUACUUCGAGAUUGAGGAAGAAGCGAGCUUCAUCGUCUUUGGCGACGACUGA